GCGCAAAUAGGCAGCGUGGAAAACGCCGUCGACAGAGGGAGAUGCAAUACGCGGAGGAUGCGAGAGGUGAGAAGGAAGAGAUGAAAUGAAGAAAGGGAAUUUGUAAAGAAAGAAAGAAAAAAGAACAAUACAAGUGCGAGGUCUUGCAGCGGGAGGAGCGAGGAACUUCGAAUCUGCGCGAGGGCGCACACUGAAGCCAUCGCCUUGCCGCCCACGUGCCAGGCUCGCAGACGGGCGCUCCCAUCUUUCGAGACCGGCAGCAGACGAGUCGGUCGUCCAGAACCUCGCAGACGAAGACAAAAAAAUCACAUCGCGUCAUCGGAUGAGCGCUGCGUAACAAAGGCCGAAGUGGUUGCAGAGAAUAUGCAGAUGGCUGGCUGCAGUCGUCGGCAUCGGCUGAGUAUGGCGAGACGCUUCGACAGGCUGGAAGCUCGCCGAGAGUAAAGCUAUGGAUCUGUCGGGAGACUUCAGUCCUGGGAAAAAACUGAGAAGAAAACUUCUCUACAGCUUCGUUUUCGUCGGCGCCGCAGUAAUGAUCGUCUGCUACCACUUCUGUAGUCCACUGAAACCACGUGAUCUCUGGGCCGCCACCCCGGCCUCUACUCCCAGCAGGAAGCAAGCGCCAACGUGCGCUGACAUGACUCGCAACUCGACCGAUAGCAGCAAGUUGCCUCGGCAGGCAGAGCAAGGCGUGACCGAGCGCCCUGAUGCGUCGUCACCGUCCCCGAGGGGACGGCGCCUGGUGUACAACCGGGUGCCAAAGUGCGGCUCGACGACGCUGUUGACGCUGCUGCGCAGGCUGUCUGCCAGGAACGGGUUCCGGCACCUGCACUGCAGGACUUACGACAAGAGGAUACUCACGAGCGACGAGCAGGUGGAAUUCGUAGAAGAGGUGAUGUCUAUGAAGGCGCCCUGCAGCUACGACAGGCACAUCUACUUUCUGGACUUCGAGGAAUUCGGCCACGCCAACCCUACGUACGUGAACAUGAUCCGGGACCCAGUAGACCGGAUCGCCUCGUCCUUCUACUACAGCCGGGCCAUCGCCGCACGCCGCAGCGAUCCAAAGCUACGCAAGGCACCGCGCUGGCUGCGCGAGACGUUCGAGGAGUGCGUUCAGCGAGGCGGCGACGGUUGCUGCUUCGCGGAAGGCCAGCCGCACCGGUCGCUGAUGGUGCCUUACUUCUGCGGCCACGACCCGCGCUGCCUAAUUGUGCAAAACUCCUGGGCCCUGGACAAGGCUCGACAGAACAUUGAGCGUCACUUCUCCGUCGUGGGUGUUCUGGAAGACUUGAACAUGACGCUGACGCUCCUGGAAAAGAGCGUUCCAAUAUUCUUCCGGGGGGCCGCGGCAUUCUACCAUAAGGAAGGACUGCACGAGAAUCGGAACCGGAGUGGUCCGAGCAAGGUGGCACCGUGGACGCGCGACAUGCUUCGUCGUAACCUCAGCCUCGAGUACGAGCUGUAUGAGUUCGUGCGACAGCGGCUUCAUGAGCAGUGGCGCCACUUGGCCGUGAGUGCCGCCGUCCCCUACAGCACGGAAGCCUCGUUCACGGCUUAAAAUGCCAGCCCGACGUACGGACCAGGGAUUCCAUGAUAAAGCCGAUGCUCUUCUCCGUCUAUGAAUGUCAAUUGAAAUUCAGGACUGCUGUCCCAAUGCGGCAUUGUGAACAUUCCAGUACUUGCAGUAUUUUCAGCUUGUGUGUCGGAAUUACGAAGAAAUUGAGUAUUUUCCACAAGCCUGCAGUGUGUGUGUACUUCUGUUGUCGGGUGUAUGUGUGUUACCGCUACGAUCUAUUUAUGUGGUUUUGGCGUAGCCAUUGGCUACGACGAUCAGGUAAAUAAAAAUUGCAGCGCUUGUGCAGAUACUCCCUUCGACAAAAAUUGGUAUAAUAACUCCCGUU